GCUGGGAUACAUUUCAUGAGGGUCAAGCAACAUGGCGGCUACAAGAAGACUGGGAAAGGAGCUGGCAGAUAUUCGUGCAUCUGGUCUAAAAUCUUUUCGAGACAUUGCAGUGGAUGAGUCAAAUAUUCUAAACUGGCAAGGCUUAAUAGUACCGGAUAACCCCCCUUUCAAUAAAGGAGCUUUCAAGAUAGAAAUCAUUUUUCCAGCAGAAUAUCCUUUUAAGCCACCCAAAGUAACAUUUAAGACGAAAAUAUAUCAUCCCAACAUAGAUGAGAAAGGUCAAGUUUGCCUUCCUAUUAUCAGCCCAGAAAAUUGGAAACCAGCAACAAAGACAGAUCAGGUUAUUCAAUCACUUAUAGCACUAGUAAAUGAUCCAGAGCCAGAACAUCCCUUAAGGGCAGAUCUAGCUGAAGAAUUUUCUAAAGAUCGCAAGAAAUUCAUGAAAAAUGCGGAAGAUUAUACAAAGAAGUUUGGAGAAAAACGACCAGCAGACAGUUGAAAACCUCACAAAUGUUUUUUCGUUCCCGUUGGCCCCCAUUUGUUCCCACAUCUGUAGUCCAAUUUGCAUCCCUUCCAAAAUCUCAACACAUUCAUAGAUAUGCCAAAAUCUCUGUAUACUUGUUUUGGCAUAUGGUGUUGAGGAUUACCAAAAUCCGUCAUUUCCCCAAUAAUUGAGCCCGCUAGUAUUUAUAGAUCUGGGGGGUUUGCCAGUCUUUUCACUCACGGUGGCAUAAUAAUACUUUGUUUUUAUAUUAUGGUGCCACUGUAUCUUGAGAAUAAAAAUGGUUGUCUGCAUUAAUCUUAAAUUAUUUGAUAAACAAAAUACAAUAUAUUAUUUUUGGGGAACUCCCCAUCCUCCCUCAGCAGAGUCUAACUGUAAUGCAUUUAUAAUAUUAUUGCUACGCAGUUUUACAAAUAAUUUCAGGCUACUCUGUAAGACCUUAGUUGAACCAAAAAUACAUGACAAUCUCAAUAAAUAAAUUCUCCAUGUAGUCUUUAUUUCAUCGAUUGUAUACUGAUUCACAUCAACGAGAAGAUGAUAGAAACCGCUGUCAGCUCAGUCUCUUGGUUGUUACUUUCUAUGAGAAGUUUGCUACACUGAAUUCAAAUGUUGAUUAAAUCCUAGUGACAAUUUGUACUUUUUUAACACAAGUUAUGAUUUGAGCUGGUCAGGAUUACAUAGCUGACCAACAUCUCAAGUCUAUGAAACCCAAUCAGUGUAAUGUAUUUCUGCUUGAUCACCCUACAUUAUUUUACAUAUAGAGGAUUAUGAAUAAGACUAUAGAAUUUAGUAAAUGUGCAUUUUUGAAUACUGCUGUAUAAUGAUACAAUUAAAACGGUCGUUUCAUGGCAUGGCCCAUCCCUCCUUUUGAUUAUAAGAAUAACACCACUACAGUACAUGCAUGUUGCUAUGUGUGUAAAGCUGCACGAUUUUUUUUGGUGUUUUUUCUGUUCAGUCACUGUGCAAUAUUCUGCUGGUUAAUGAAGUGCAGUUCGAACAUGAUCAUUCAAUUCAGAUUACUCAAGUCUACUUGCACUGAUAUUUUUGCUCCUUAGCUUGCCUAAAGAAUGCUUGAUGGUAAUUCCUCCUAUAAUGCAGCUGGCUACUGGAAAAUAUAACCAGUACUUUUGAUGUUUUGUGUUGGAAGUUUAGUCACUUUAUCUUUUGUAGUGGUUUAUCUAGCUUUGUUGAGGGAUAGCUGCUGUGCUGUGUACCCGCCAGGGUGAUUUGCACCAGAAUACUCUCUUGUAUAUCUGAUGAUGAAAUUGGGGAAACUAUUGUACUAAUAUUAUUGUACAUUGUCCUGUCCUUUAUUUGUUAAAUUUAACUCUGGGAAUACCAUCUUUGUUUACGAAUUGCCACAUGAAAAUUCUGUUUUCUGAUACACCAGACUCCAUUGUAUUUUAGUUUUUGUAUAUCAAUUUAAGAUGCCACGCUUACUGAUUGCUAGAUUACAGAUUGUAACUGUUGAAGAGAGAUGAUUUUUAUUUGAGUGAUUUGGAAGGGCUGUAUCUUGACGAAAUGUAUAUAUGAUGUGGACAACAUUCGGAUAAUAGAGCUUGGUUGGAGUGGAGAUUUAAUUUUAGGGCUAGGGGGAGGUAGUUAUGAGAAUUUGGUUUCUUUUGAAAUAAAGAAGCCAGCUUAAACAACUUUGCUCAUAGUCACUCAUAAAGAACUAAUGCUAUCGAAUGUACUGUGAUCUUGACUUGUACACAAUAUUUUACUGUGCCUCACUGAUUGUUUCGGUAGUAUGCAUUAACAUUUCUGUCAACAUGUUUCUCUUUUUUUUUUUCAUAAAAAAAACAAACCUGCAGCUUCUAUCGAUAAUAAUUUCAGUUGUGUGUAAUUGACAAGUAACAUGGUUGGAACAGAUUUCCCAGAUGUAUUCGAUGAAAAUCAUUGUGCAAUUAUAUCUGAUAGUAAUGGUUCUUCCCUGAAUGAUUUAAAAUGGGGAGAACUUAUCGGCAUGGUGACAAGAUCUUGGCACAGUACAGCAGCUGUUACUGAAAAUCGAUUUAACACAGUGUAAUUUAUCAUAACCAAUAUGCGAGUGACCAUCAAAACAAUAGUAAUCAAAAAAAUAAAUUAGCACAUAGUACAGUUAUCUUGAUUUUUGUUCAAGAAAGUAAUUCUGAGGGGUAGUGUUACCAUAGUUACUUGCUGUAUUAUUUGUUAUAUACUAAAAUAAAAUCUUGACAAGCUU